UUUAAACUAUCAUCCCUAAGUUAUCGAUAAAACGACGUAAUGUUUAAAUACACGUGACACAUCUCUACAGAUAUAUUUGUUUAUUUACUUCUACAAUGAAAAAACACAUUCUACAUCAUGGAAAGAAUUUGGAAUGAUUUCAAUCUUAAAAAACCACCAUUUGUAACACUGCCCUCAAAACAUGGUCACUUUGUAAUAAAACUACAUGCAACAAUCGACAACUAUUAUAACAAACAUGCUAAAUAUCAUGAGGAAUUCAGUGAGACAGCUGCUUUGCUAUCCAGACUAAUGGCCAGGCGUAAAAACUCCUUUAGCAAAAUGAAAGGCUUUAAAGAUGUGUGUAAACUAAACGCAGCCUUGUGUCGUUUAUUACGUGUAGAUUUUAAAAGAGAUUUGGACAGUUUUAGAAAUACUUUGCCGGAUGUGGACUAUGAGGAAGGCACAUGCAUACAAAUGCCCACCAGAGACAGUUUUGACUUCCUACUUAUACGCCUAGUAGCCAUUUGCGAGUUGCAUCGACGUAUAGUCGAGUGUUGUGUAUCAGCAGCUGAAUAUUUUACCUGCCAAAUACGUUUGUAUUACUUCUUUGAAAUAAACACUUUGCUGUUGGCUGUGCUAGCAAAAAUUCAUAGUUUAAGUAUAAAAUUGUUAAAUCUUGCGGUUGAUUUGUAUAAUAAUACACUGCUGUAUCGUCUGAAUUUGCCCGUCAAUUUGAAAUCAACAUUUUUAAAAGAUGUACAAUUUAAGUUUCCGGAUAAGUUGGAUGAAAUGAAAUUAGUUCCUUUAGAAAAGCAUGAAAUUCUUGCUGAUAAAGAGCAGCCUCUUAAGGAUUUAAUACAACAAGAGGAAAAGCUAGCAAUUGUUAAAGCUCAAAAGCUUAAGAAGGCAGAUGUGGGUAAACAGGUCCAACGUUCAGAUAAGCCGGCACAAAAAUCUAUUAAUAUCGAACAAUUAAAUUCAGUUGAAGAAAUAAAACGAUUUAUAGCUAUGGAAAGCAAAUCGAGAAGUACAAAUUUAAAUAGUUCCAGAACAACAAAAAUUCUUAGCCACGAAUGGGCUGGAGCCACAAAGUUAUUUGAGAGAAAAGUACAAAGCGGCGAAGCAAAGAAAGCUGUGAAUAUAUUUCGUAAGUUUUUAAGUUUAAAAAUUGUGUAAAAUGUAACAGCUGAGAAUAAAAAUGUUUAAGCAAUAAUAGUCA